UGUAAUGUAUAGUAUCUAUUUUCUAGCAAAUAUAUUAGGAUAGUAUAACAUAACUGUAUAAUAAAACUAAUUGUCUUAUGGGUAAUGUAUCCAAUAUAUGUAAAUCACUUAUUUGGGAAAUAAUUGUAUGAUAAUAUAACGAUACUGACAGUAUUAAUGUAUAAUAUUAACAGCAGGGGUCAUACUAGUGUUGUAAGACUGUAAAGUGGCAGUGGUUUAACCAUCUGAACGAGUCACGUGGUAUCGACGGGCAGCCACAGAAACUUCCCUGACCUCUCGUCACGCACAGCACGUAACAACACACUAGGUGCUAAUACAGGUUGUAUUGUGGCUGCACACUGUUAUAUUUGGUGUGGGCUGCAAAUUCACUUUUGGUAGACACAGCUCGAGCUAACUGUAACACAAAAGAGGACUGCUAAAGACUAGUUAGCCAUAGCUAGCAUCAGUAGCUCCACGCUAACAGCUGUCCGAGCUGCAGACAGGCAGGUGAAGCAGGUGAAGCAGGUGAAGUGAAUUAAAGCUGUGCGUGGUUGUGCUGCAGUUACAUCGUUUGCUCAAGAGUCCAAAGAGCGAUGUUGUCAGUGAUUGUCAGGUCAGCUCUCACCAAAUACAGGAGAUCCUGGCUGCCCGGUCAGGCUGUGGUCAGGGCCAUGUCGUCUUCGGGUAGUGCCAUCUCUCCUUACACCUCCCUGGCCAUCAGUCACCCAGCAGAGUCCAUCACACAUGUAGAGCUGAACCGCCCUGAGAAACGCAACGCCAUGAACAGAGCUUUCUGGAGUGAGAUGGUGGAUUGCUUUAAUGAGAUAGCGGCUGACCCGGACUGCAGAGUGGUGAUCAUUUCUGGAGCUGGGAAGCUCUUCACAGCUGGUAUCGACCUGAUGGACAUGGCCGGCGACAUCCUCCAACCAGAGGGAGACGAUGGCGCCAGAAUUUCCUGGAACAUCAGAAAAACAAUCGUGAAGUAUCAAGAGACGUUCUCCGUCAUAGAGAAGUGUCCAAAGCCCGUUGUGGUGGCCGUCCAUGGAGCGUGUGUUGGGGGAGGUGUUGACCUGAUCACAGCCUGUGACAUUCGUCUGUGUACCCAGGACGCCUGGUUCCAGAUAAAGGAAGUUGACAUUGGACUUGCAGCAGACGUUGGAACUCUCCAGAGACUUCCCAAAGUCAUCGGCAGCCGCAGCCUAGUGAACGAGUUGGCUCUGACGGCCAGGAAGAUGUUUGCCGAUGAAGCCAAGAGCAGCGGACUGGUCAGCCGAGUGUUUGCAGAUAAGGAGGCCAUGAUUGCUGGAGCUCUGGAGAUGGCCGGGGAGAUCGCUGGCCGCAGCCCUGUCGCUGUGCAGGGCACCAAAAUCAACCUCAUCUAUUCCAGAGACCACAGUGUCGCAGAGGGACUGGACUACAUGGCGAACUGGAACAUGAGCAUGCUUCAGACUCAAGAUGUGAUGAAAUCAGCUCAGGCCUCCAUGGAGAAGAAGAGUCCCAAGACGAUAGCUUUCUCCAAACUCUGAACCUCGCUGAGGCAAAGUUCAGAUAUAUAAACACAAACACUGCUUUAUUUCUCUAUUGUGGCCUUUCUGUGGGAAGGGGCACCACAUGUGAUUGUGACUUUCUAAAAAUAUCUAACAACCUGACCAUUUGAGGAUCGUGUUAUGAGAUUCCCAGGUGACGUUAAAAACGGAUAUAACAAGUGAAUGUCUCAGCCAGUUUUGUAAUGCUGUUAUUGACUUUGUGAAUGUUUUAUUAAAAGAAACUCAUCUGAA